UUACCAUAGCAGUGAAAAAGAGCGAGAUAACGAUAUCGCUCUCGUGACAAACUUCACACUUGUUUCAUUCAUUUUUCCUUUUUCUAUCAAUCAAAACACGGCAACAGCCGUGGCCCGUAUCGCAAAUCGCAGCAGUUUUCAUUUCAGUCAAGCAGCCAGCCUGUUGCAUUGCGUGUGUGUAUUUCACCAGUUACCGAAUCGCGUACGGUUUUGUGCUAUUCGAUAAUAAAUACAUCUGCUAGUGGUGUUAACCGUGUUGUGUGAACUAAUUAAACGUGUUACAUUAAUUGAACUGAGAAGAUAACGCGUUAUAGUUUUUGUGUCGAUUCGAGUGGUUUCAAAUUGACUUUUGACGUCACGCGCGACAACCAAUCGGUUGGCGCGAAAGAAAAAAAACUACACUCUGUUGCGUGUUUUUGUUUUCGUGCUCUCGAAGUUUAUUGUUUUGACUGAUUCGGAUGGAUCGUAAUAGGUGAAUGUUUGGAUAGUUGAAAAUAUGCUUUUAAAAUGUACUGCGGACGGGAGGCCGAUCAAAGUCAACGGGGCGCCGGUCAAUCACGGGAAUGGUGCGAGAGGCAUGAAAAUGACUAUGUCUACGGCUCCGACGAUGAGUGCUCGGGUGCACAGGAAAGUGAUGCGGGCGCCGCAUAAGCGGGCCCACCCGGGUAAGACACAGCACCCGGGCAAAAUGGUACACACAUUUAGGCAAUUCGGGAAACUCGCGGCUCAACUGCGGCCGCCCGAACCGUGCGAAAACAGUAACGACAGCGGCCUGGGACCUGAUCCCGUCAACAGAUUAUCGGACACUUUGGAGGAGUGGGAACACCCGGAGUUCAAACGAAGACGUGGCGACACUGAAGCAGCGGUUAAGCGAGAAUGCGAGGACGCGAACGACGCGUAUGCUUUCCGCGCACAGGGCCCCGGCGAGGCCGCGCCCGCCCCGGCCGACGCUCCCGCCGCAUCGCUGGCACCGGCCCUACCCGCUCCCGUAAUGAGAGCGGGUUGCAGUAUAUCUAGUCCAAACAUAGCUGAAACUCCCGGAAAGAGGUUCCAAGACCCCUACAGAUCUUGUGGGAAACUUGGCAGUGGAGGCAAGCUAGCAAACAAGUACCCUGGUGGGGGCAAAUUAGUUGGUGCAGGUGGAAAAUUAGGUGGCAAACUGGGGGGCAAGUACGGAGGCAAGUUGGCGCAGGCGAUGGCGCGGAGAAGGGCGCUAGCAGCCAUGGCGCAAGGUGGCAGGCCCGGGUUGGCAGCACCGCUGUCCAACAGGUCGAGAGAUGGCACGGUGGAGCUACAGAUACUGUGCCAGCCCGAGACACAACAUAGAGCGAGAUAUCAGACUGAAGGCAGCCGUGGCGCUGUCAAAGACAAUUCAGGGAAUGGUUUCCCGACAGUCAAAUUAGUUGGUUACGACAAACCAGCGGUAUUGCAGGUAUUCAUAGGAACAGACACGGGGAGAGUGGCACCACAUAUGUUCUACCAAGCGUGUCGGGUGUCCGGCAAGAAUUCCACGCCUUGCAAGGAGAGGAAGGAGGACGGCACCGUCAUCAUCGAGAUUGAUCUGGAACCCGCCAAGAACUGGCAGGUCACUUGUGAUUGCGUGGGGAUACUCAAGGAGCGCAACGUGGACGUAGAACACAGAUUCGGCGAAGCCCUAGGCGGCGCCACAGCCGGCAGCGUGGGCGCGGGCGCAGCACACAUCUCCCGCGGCAAGAAGAAGUCUACGCGCUGCCGCAUGGUGUUCCGCACUGACAUCGUCAACGCUGCUGGACAUCAGGAGACCUUGCAAGUCUGCUCCACUCAGAUUAUAUGCACACAACCCCCAGGCGUUCCAGAAGUGUGUCGCAAAUCGUUAGUCUCAUGUCCUGUAACCGGAGGCCUGGAGUUAUACCUCCUUGGCAAGAACUUCCUCAAGGAGACAAGAGUUGUGUUCUGCCAGAGACAAGACGGACGCACGCACUGGGAGGAAGAGGUUACGCCUGACAAGGAAUUCUUGCAACAGACACACCUUGUGUGCUGCGUGCCCGCAUACUGCCGAACCGACAUAACAGAGCCGGUAUGCGUACAACUGUUCGUGCGGUCUGGCGGCAAGGCGUCGGAGCCCCACGCCUUCUACUACACGCCGGGGGCGCUGGACACCGGGCCUCAGCACUGCAGCCGCCAUCAUUCAGCAGGUAGCGAGCACUGCCGACGCCCGCCGCUGCCCGGACCGCGCCAGCACGGUGGCGAGGACGCGCGGCCUGUCCUGCUGUGGGCCGGCAUCAUGCCGCCGCCGGCGCUGCCUGUCCGUCGCCCGUCCAUCAUCGUGCCGGACACGCAUGAGCCACAAGGACUGAAGAGCGAGAUUGAUGAAACCAGUCAGCAGUCCUUAGCCGACGGCGGUGAGUCGUCGUGCGGCGCCGACGGCCCGGAUAAGCCCAUGAACAUGUCCGACGAACUGAACAUCGUCGACCUCCGGCUCAAGUCCGAGAUGUCUCGGGACUCCCAGAGCCAGGUGGGGUUCGUAAGCGGGUACGAUAGCAUGAAGCUUUCCCCGAGCACCCCGGCGGCCAGCGAGCCGCCAUCCCCAUUGGCUUCGUUCACGCAGCAACUGCAAGCCAUACAAAACCAAGUCCAGACUGACAAGAUGGUGGAGAGUGUCACCGCCGCCAUCUUCAACUCGGACGACAACGCACCGCAGAUCUACCCCACCAUGCUGCAGCCCAUAGACCCCAUGCGACAACUCAUCUCCUCCAAAGCCGUCGAUCCUUUGGAAACCGACAUGAAGGUGCUCAACCCAGAACUCAUGAUCGCAGAGUCCGCAUGCACCAACGAGCAAAGACUGAUAGUGUACAACCAGAUGCAGACCCGCCAGGAGGAGCCCUUCAACCCCUUCACCAUCACCAAGAUGGAGAUGGGGACCAGUCAGAUCGAGCAGCGGCUGGCACAGCAGUCCGCUCAUAUGGAGGCACUGGUCGAGGAUGCCAUGAAGGCCACGGCCGCCAUGUUGCCUGACAACACUAAGUUAGAUGAGCUGGUCAAUUCUCGUGUGGACGAGUUAUCUGCGGCGGCCGCAUCUCCCGCAUCUCACGCGUCAGAUAUUCUACUGAGCCCUAACGCGGCAGUAGCGAGCCGCGGCGGUCCGCCUGGUGAGAGGCUGCCGCUGCCGGCCGCCAUGUCGCCCGACGUGAUCCUCAACCCCACCGUGUCGCCGUCGCUGCUGUGCGAGCAGCCGCGCCUGCUGCCGCCCGCCGCGCAAGACGACCUCAUGAUGAUGCAGGACUCCGUGCAGCUCACCUCCGUCAAGACGCCGCCCGCCGCCGUCAAGUCCAUGAUCCUCAACGCGGCCGCCGAGAUCCUCACCUCCGACACCACCAUGAACGCUCUCGUCACCUCUGCCAUCAACACCGCCAACAUCCUGACCACCGAGAGCGCGUCCAACUCGGGCGGCAUGCAGGCCACGGACGCGCAUGCGCAGCCGCCGGCCGAGCCCGCCGGGGAGACUCCCCUCGUGGCCAUGUCGCAGGCCGUGUCGCAGGCCGUGACGCAGGCCGUGUCGCAGGCCGUGUCCCAGGCCGUGUCGCAGGCCGUCACGCAGGAGAUGACGGCGCCGGUGCAGGGCCUCACGGACAUGAGCGACCAGGACCUGCUGUCCUACAUCAACCCCAGCACCUUCGACCAGGAUUACGUGAAUUUAGUGAAACUUCAGAAUUGGACAACAUUCUACAGCAACAGCUGCGUGGAUAAUGCGUGUUGAGUUCGAUCCAUCUCCUCAAUGUGCAGCUCCUCCCUGUCACUUCUGGUUCCACCAGACGCCGACCCCUAGCCUAAGUUACCGAUACCGGCUAAGUUAGGCUUCUCCGACAAUCUAGCUAAACUAGCAUCUUACACACAGGCUUUUUAUCGAUAUCUAAACAGCCAAAAGGCUUCUUCUACAAUCCUAAAAAGUCUUGAAAAUUUUUGAUGCACACAAUAAAAUUAUCAUUUCUUUUACGGGUUUUUGAAACUUUUUUCUAUAUCGAACCCACAUAAUUAGGCUAGGAUUUAAGCAAUGUUUCGGGGGUGUGAGCACUUUAUAACUGUGCUAAGCAAGUAAUUAAUCUUUUGCUUUAUACUUCAGUCACAUUGCUUAGAUCCUUGUAAGUCUUCGGAAAAAUAUGGCUGUUUCAAGUCUGAUUUAGCCAUGUUUGACUGCAGAUUUAUUUAGUUUAAUUCACUUAUUAUUACGUAAGGGCGGUUAGUCAGGCAUUUUAGUAAUAACCCAUACAUAUUCCCCUCAAAUCUUACAUUAUAUCUUACACUAAAUUAAGAUAUACCCUGACUAGCCGGCCACCGCCGCGCCAUCUUUUGUCCAUCAGAACAAAACCUUUACAAGAUCGUGAAGUGCUUCCCAACAACGAAGUCUAAAUUAUAUAAAGCUUUAACAAUAUUCCCGGCCACAACGAUACUAACCACACACACGAAACACUUCACAUAUUGUAAAGUAGCUAUAUUUUUAUAUGUUGUAUAUGAUUGUGAUAUGUAACUGAAUAUACAUCGAGCCUUUUCGGGAAGAAGAUCGUAACCGCCAUUUUGCAUAUUUUACAAGAGAAGGUUUUUUUUUAAUAUUUCUCAAAAUAUUUAUAGCAUUAGUUUGAAAUUUUUACUUGAUGUUUUAAGGGCACUUCCCAAUUUAUUAAAAUGUUAAAAUUGGACUUAGUACUCUAAAAUCACAUACAUUUGUCGCUUACGUUAAAACUGAUGACCGUUAUUAGGUUGAGAUGAUAUGAGUAUGUCGAUUACGAUAAUUGUUAAAAUCAUUUUUUACGAGAAACUAUGCCAAACAGAGAAGGACAAAGAGUCAGAAAUACAAAAAAAAAACAUUAAUUUAAGUGAAUUAGCUUUAUUAAUAAAUCAGUAAUCGUCUUCAUCAGUCUCAGGUAAAACGUCUCUUGUGUUUCCAUCGCAGGGCAAAUCCAGAUAUUCUUUUGUAUAAAAUUCUGGUAUGAUACCUUUUUCGCACAUUUUCUUUAAAUCUUCGUAUUUGGCCUUCGAGAUAGGAAUUUUUUCAGUGUAAGCAGUUUUAGGUUCACGAAUAGCUUGUUGAUUCUGCCGAGACCUCAAUAUAAGAGAGACAUCAACAACUUCUUCGGGUCCAUCAUAGUCGUAUUUCAGAUAGAACUUGUCACCUUUUUCAAAUCUAGCGUUACGCAGCUUGCUUGUUUGUAUUUUAAUUUUGUUUGGUAAGAAGGCUGUUGCAUAGGCAUUCCAAUCUUUGAUUUCAUUAUUUUUUAAAAGAAUUGUUUCAUAUUUUUUGGGGUUAGUCCGAGCAUUUCCAAUCAAAGUUUGCCAUUCAGAUGGUGCGUAAAUCGUUCUUUUCUGUAUAAAUCCUUCUAUUGUUGCAUGCACAGAGUCUACUGGCAUCAUGGUAUGUCCAGGAAUGAGGAAGUUUAUAGUCAGCCUUUCAACAAAACUCGCAUGAUAUUUCAUGAAAUAAUGGAGCAUCACAAUCAUGGCUUUAUUUUUAUUUUGUCCUGCGCAACUGUCACAGUAUAAUGCAACUUCAUUUUGAGUCCUUCUCUCGUCAACCAUUUUAAGGUAUUUAAAGAGAAUAGUACAGAUUUCAUUACACCCUCUUUUCGCUUCAGUUUCGUUCCAAAGAUAACAAAAUACAGAUCUGGUACCGCUUUCAUAAAUGCUUUCAUUAUAAUAGGCAAGCUUUCGAGUAUAGUAAAAAUUUACGCUUUGACCGUGAGGUGUUGUUAAGACCUUUUCGAGGUCAAAGCUUGCACACAAAAAGUUUCUGUUCUCUUUGCUUCUUUUUUGAUCCUCUAGAAAUAGCUUUAGUGAUAUUUCUUUGUCCUUAAUGUGAUUUUUGUAGGCAUCUGAUUCUAUCGCUUUUUUUCUUUCUUCAUCAUUCAAAUUCUUUAUUCUCUCACAUUGAUCACAUUUAUCUUUCUUUGGUAAGUGAAACCCUAAGUUGAAUUCAGUCUUAAAUAUUUUUCUAAACUUUUGAUAACUUACUGCACCUAACUCUUUCGUAUCGUCGUCUUUCAAAUAAAAGUUUCUAUAUAAAUAGGUCACAUCCCUAAAUUCAGUUGGUAAGUACAAUUUGUUACUUUUGUUUCUGCAAUAGUGUGACUGAACGGCAGGCAACUUUUUAAUAAAAUUAAUGACAUUUUGAGUUUGAGAUUGGCUGUAUUUAUUUAGUGGCGUGUUUUUACCGCGUUGGUCAGAUUUUGCAAUGAAAUUUGCAAUUUUAUGUGAUUUCGUGUAACGCAGUGUCAUUUGCGAAAUAUCAAGGGUUUUCAAAAGAAACUGUUGGCAAAUUUUAACUGAUUCACUGCCCUUUGGUAAGUAGUAAUUGUAAGUUAUUUUUCGACGAUCACUUUCUGCUCUUUUUCGACCGAUUUCACAUUCCUUAAUACAAGACAAAAUAAAAUCUCUUUGUCUUUGUAAGGAUCCAAGACCCCAAUAGAGUUCAUGAACGCAAUUUCUCUCGAUUUCAGUAAACUUAUUACCGCAGUCAUUCCCGCAUUUUUUACCUAAGCAGGGAUUAGGUUUGACAAAUUUUCCCUUUCCAGACCACCUCUCAGACCUUUCUUUUUGUUUUUUCGUUAGGGAUCGUUUCUUCCGCAUACCCUUUUUACCAACAACACCUGGGUCUUCCUCUUCUGUGCUAUCAGAACUUUCUUUGGUUGAGUCCGAACUGUCAAUUGUCGUCGUAGGAAUUUGAAUAGCUGACGUGGAUGGGCGAACGUAGUCGUCCAUACUUGUAAAUACUUGCCUUGUCUUCUUUCUUCUGCUAGGAAUAUGCCAAGACUGGUCAGAGUCAUAUCCACUAAAAUCUUUUUCUUCUUCAGAGUUUUGGUCGAUAGACGAGCAAUGUGUAGAAUCUGAGUAGUCAACUAAAGCAUUAGUUGGUAUAAGUUCAGCCACCUCCUCCAUUUUCUGGAAGCGAAAUAAAAGCGCUAUACAAACCAAAAUCGCCGCCACCCAAACAAAAGUUAAAGCACAAAAAAAACCCGGGAAGGAAAUUUAAGAUUGAGGCAUAACAUGAAACAAACAAUCGAUUACUAGAUGGGUUAUUUGCACCCAUAACAUAUUUCAUUGAAAUGCACUAUUGCAAUAAAACUUGUCAUCAAACUUAAUAACAUGCAGAAGGUAAUUUAAUUUAUUUAAGAAGUCAAUGCAUUUAAUCAAACUCAGAAAAAUAAUUAGCAUAGUAUUUUACUUAAGUCUCUAAGUACUUUUUUGUAGUUAUUAUUUUUGUUCACAUCACAAGAUUCAAAUAAUUUAGUUUCACGUUUCACUUACCUUGUCGUUCGAUAACACGUGUUUUAUUACUUGAAUACCUGUUUACACAAAUACACACUAGGAAUAUUUAAUUUUAAAAGUAUUCGCAACGUAAGUGAAGAGAGUUUAUCACAGAGUCGAAUAAACUUCAAAUUUAAAACACGUUGAAACCUGUCUUGAUGCUACACUGCCUACAAAUGCGUUUCGAUUCACUAUUAAACUAUUAAAUAGAUUCUUUUAAACAUAAAAUAAUAAGCAGUUUCUAUUAUUCUAUUAAGUUAUUUCUAUUACUACCUAUAGUAAAGAUAACUUUUCUUCUAUAGUAACCAAAGUUUACGCCAUUCACAUUUCAUUUAUUUGCGCAUUAUAAAGUUACAGUUCUCGAACAAUUAAACGCAAAACGUAUUUUAUUUCUAUCGCAAGCAACAAGUAUUUAACUUAAAUUGCAUAAUUUAUUAUCGUAAAUGCCAAGUAGGGAGCUUGCAAUAAAAUUAUUAACCUAGUAUUAUAUCGUUAGCGACAGGUACUAUAUUUACGAUCUGUCAGUCGGUGUAGGUUACGUUCAUAAACUGAAUGGGUUGUAACUUACGAUGAAAAUUUCGAAAUUGAAAAAAAAUCAGUUAACUUCUUCUUUGAACUCUAAAGUGAGUGACAUAAGAUACAAAAUCAGAUGAUCUGGCCGUUAAUACAAAAACAUUUUUUUGGGAAUUUUGGCGCUUACGAUGUUCUUCCUGAAAAGGCUCGACAUAUUAAUCAACAUAGUAGUUAAUAUUUGUUUUAAGUAAGUAAGGAAAUUGUACUGAUGUGAUGUUAGAGCAAAGAGUAUAUUAAAAUUAUGUUAUGAACAUUUAUUAUUAGUUAAAUGAGUUUUUUAUAGAGUCGAAUGCUACAUAUUUGUGCCAUUUAAAUAAAUGUAAACGUAGGUAUAUGUUAGUGUAUGGAGCAUAUCGAUAGGGUUCUAUCAACGAGGGUAUUGGCCGACAUAACGAUGUAAGCGUGCCUUUAGGACAUUGCACAUAACUUUACGACAUUAUUGUUGCCAUAAGACGAAAGUAACAUUCAAUUAAACAGAUCAUGACCAUUUUAUACGGCUAUAUUUCGUCUUGCAACACUGGGACUUAUGGCGGUGACUAUGUCUAGUUUAAUAGAAAAAAAUAUACAUUAUACAGUAUUUCAAUCAGGGACCACGACGCAGAUAUACAAAUAUUAUACAAAAUAGACAUUUUGUAUACAAAGUCUACAAACAUUUUAUACUGAUAUAUUAGAUGCUGCAUAUGAAACGCACCAAAUACUAUGAUGUCUUUAAAUAUUUAUAUCUACUGUUAUGAACUCAAGGAAAAAUAUAUGUGUGAAACAAAAAUAUUAAAAUUGUAUAAAUGUUAAAAAUUUGGUGCAUCGAUUGUGCUUGUAAAAUGUCUACAUUAAAUUAUUUAAAAUGUAAAAUGUAACUGUAGUUAAUUAUUGAAAGAAAAAGAAAACUAAAAUUACACGAACAUUUUCCAAGCAUGAUGUGAGUUUUUCAUGAUACAUUAGAUGUGAAGUAAAAUGUAUAUUACUACUACUGGGAAUCUCCACAGUCUUCCUUUCAAGUGUUUCUGAAUAUUUCAUAUCAGAGAUACAUCACAUUUACUGUAUUUUAUACCUAUCAUCAUUAUAUCAAACAGUUGUGUUAAUGGCGUAAAUUAUUUGAAAAGGAGAAGAUAGUUAAUAGUUUGUGUAAUAAAUACCUAAAUUGUGCGUUGAUUUUUGUGAAUUAUUAAGUUUGCGUUAAAUUAAUUAUUAAUUCGUUAAAUGUAUCCUUGUUAAUUUGCUGAAAAAUAUUUAUACUACAUAAAAUUGUAGAUACAAAAAUGAUUUUGAAAAAAGUUGCUCAUUCCUCAAUUUUGUAUAUUUUGAUGUGUUUAAUAAUGUUUGAACAGUGGUUGACUAUCUUCUUCGUUUGAAAGUAUCUGUAUAAAUUAUAACGUAUAUCAUUACGUACACUGAUAGAUCUCUAGUCGGUCUAAAUCGAUGAGUGCUAUUGCCGAGCGCGCGUUCAUCAAGUAUGUUAUUUGUUUUGAUGUAAUUAAUAAAUGUUAUGAAAAAUA